GUUAGGACUCACCGAUCCGAUAGAAUAAAUAACAUGUAUCGAUAGCACUAAAAAAUCAACUCUGCCUGACCGUCAGAAAUAUAGCGAAAUUUACCAUGUACGAAAUACACUUAAAUACUGCAGUAUACCACGAACUGGCUGAAAAUAUACUAAUACCGAUAAAUCCACUAAUAAAAACCUAGAUAGAUUCAGAAAAAAAAGAUUCAGAUUGUUUGUAAAGUGCAGAAAUAAGUGUUUGCCACGUCAAGAAGCGAUCGAUUCCAUCCGCCAAGCUGUUUAAUCUACCACAAGUCUACAAUAGGACGACGGAAGACAGUCGUCACAGCAGCAGCAGCAGCAGAAUGACCGUGCACGAAUUCAAGGUGGAAAUGACCUGCGGCGGGUGUGCCAGUGCCGUGGAGCGCGUUUUGGGCAAAUUGGGUGAUAAGGUCGAGAAAGUGAACAUUAACUUGGAGGAGCGAACGGUUACCGUCACGUCGAACCUAUCGUCCGAUGAACUGUUGGAACAGCUGCGCAAGACCGGCAAGAGCAGCUCGUACAUCGGUGUGAAGAAAUGAGAUGAGUUCCUCAGCAAGUUUCAGAAAUACGGCAAGCUGAAACUUGAAGUCUAAAAGGGAUGAGGGAGUCCCCACAUUGCCGGUGUCACAUGUCACACAUACAAACCAUUCGAGCUGGAGGCGCUGCUUGAUGCAUUCGUUCAGUGAUACCCAAGAUUUACCCGAUAUACACAUGCAUAGCUACGAGUAUACUCGUACGAAACGAAGAAAAAGUUUAUUCAUAAUUAACCAAAAAUAAAUAGGAAUUAUCUACAAAAAAUUUUAGAUUAGUAUUCGAUCUUGCCGAAGUUAUAAGUAGCUCGGAGUUAGCCGAUCAAAGGGUUAAUUUAUUCAUUACUUAAUACUAGAAGAAGAAUUUUAAAUUCAAUUUAAAAAAUCAAAUCAAAACAAAAUGCCAAGUUUUUGCCUCAAUGCAGUAUAAUAAUUAUGAGUGCAUAUAUUUCCAAUGUAGUAGCCAAUAAAAUAUUUACUCGUACGCCAAUUGCCCUCUUAUGAUUAAACAUAGUUCAAUAACGAAUUUUAAUAUCAAACACUUAUUGCAAUAUCAAAUACAUACAAAUAUAUUUAAAUCUUAAACCAAGUAAUGGUUUCUCACCUA